AUGGAACUCCACUCUCUCCUUCCUAUUUUCAGCGCCAUAGGCUUCUAUCUUCUCUGGAUCGUGAUGGCACAAAAUGGUACCAUAGAUGCUCUUGAUUCAGUAAGGAAGACAGGAAUAUAUCCCAAUGGAAGACCGCUCAAAACCUCUUAUGUUGGGAUUCCUCUGCUUGAUGGUGCUAUUUCAACCCUUAUAGCCUUCACCGAUGCCUUGACUGGUGGUAACGACCCGGCGACUAGACUUGUGAUGAUUGACGUUGUGUCUACACUGCAAAGUGGCGGGUUAUGGGUUAUCAUUGAAAGCAUUCGUAACGGUGCGGGGCCUGUGGGAGUUGUUCUAUCCUCCGUGUGGCCUCUUUUGUGGAAUGGGUUUGGAGCUGGGUUCAUCUUGCCUAUAUAUUACUACCUCAAUUUGAAAGGUCCAGAUAUAAACAAACCUCUGCGUUUGAAUUAUGCGAAGACCCUGACUGUUACUUCGGUUUUGGCAUUAUUCCUUCCUUCCUUCAUUGUCCUCCCACCGUUUCAAGUGACCCGGUCUGCUCAAGACAAUCAAACUUUCGCAGCUCUAUUUCAAAUUACCCCUACAAUCGCAGCCGUUUUCCAGACAAUUCUGGCUUCAUUGACGAGUCCGAAAGCUGCUUCUGGUCAAUACGCCGCAAAGGUUCCUGUCCGGCGAGCAUAUUUCUUUUCAGGCCUAUUUUCAGCAGCUGCGCACAUAUACGCAGUGCUUACAGCUAUGUAUUCAACCGAUCCCGCAGUAACGUGGAGCCGAGUCUACGUCCCGUCACCAUCGGAUGUUGUAGCAGAUAGCGAAUGGACGGUUCUAGAAGGUGCAUUAUUGUUUAUCAAAUACGAUUGGAUCAUUAUCAACGUCUCCUCGGCUCUGUGGCUCUAUCUUUCGCUAAAACCUUAUUUGAAUAUGAAGACAGCGUUUGACAAGGGAUCCACGUCACUUUUGAUCGUGUUGUCCACAUUGAUAGUAGGUCCCGGCGCUACUGUGUCCUGGGGGUUACGACUUCGUGAGAACUGGAUCAGAUGA